UCAUGGCGGCCUGAAUUUUCGGCUGUCGGUGGGGCGGCUGCAGGCCCGUACCCGCGGAGCCGCUGGUCCGGCAGGCGGGGAUGUGACCACGGGCUCUGCCGGCCGUCCCGGGCGUCGCGUCUGCUCCCGCGUCAGUGCCCUCGACCCACACGGAUGGCGGGGUCCGGCUGCUCUUGGGGCGCGGAGCCGCCGCGCUUCUUGGAAGCCUUCGGGCGGCUGUGGCAGGUACAGAGCCGCCUGGGCAGCGGCUCCUCAGCCUCGGUGUACCGAGUGCGCUGCUGCGGCACGCCCGGCUCGCCCCCCGGCGCCCUCAAGCAGUUCUUACCGCCGGGAACCACCGGGGCUGCGGCCUCGGCCGCCGAGUACGGUUUCCGCAAAGAGAGGGCAGCGCUGGAGCAGCUGCAGGGUCAUCGGAACAUCGUGACUUUGUAUGGCGUUUUCACGAUUCACUUCUCUCCGAAUGUGCCAUCACGCUGUCUGUUGCUUGAACUCCUGGAUGUCAGUGUUUCGGAAUUGCUCUUAUAUUCCAGUCACCAGGGUUGUUCCAUGUGGAUGAUACAGCAUUGUGCCAGAGAUGUUCUGGAAGCCCUUGCUUUUCUUCAUCAUGAGGGUUAUGUCCAUGCAGACCUCAAACCACGGAACAUACUGUGGAGUGCAGAGAAUGAAUGUUUUAAGCUUAUUGACUUUGGACUUAGCUUCAAAGAAGGCAAUCAGGAUGUAAAGUAUAUUCAGACAGACGGGUAUCGGGCUCCAGAAGCAGAACUGCAAAAUUGCUUGGCCCAGGCUGGCCUGCAGAGUGAUACAGAAUGUACCUCAGCUGUUGAUCUGUGGAGCCUAGGAAUCAUUUUACUGGAAAUGUUCUCAGGAAUGAAACUGAAACAUACAGUCAGAUCUCAGGAAUGGAAGGCAAACAGUUCUGCUAUUAUUGAUCACAUAUUUGCCAGUAAAGCAGUGGUGAAUGCCGCAAUUCCAGCUUAUCACCUAAGAGACCUUAUCAAAAGCAUGCUUCAUGAUGAGCCAAGCAGGAGGAUUCCUGCUGAGAUGGCAUUGUGCAGCCCAUUCUUUAGCAUUCCUUUUGCCCCUCAUAUUGAAGAUCUGGUGAUGCUUCCUACUCCAGUGCUGAGACUGCUAAAUGUGCUGGAUGAUGAUUAUCUUGAGAAUGAAGAGGAAUAUGAAGAUGUUGUAGAAGAUGUUAAAGAGGAGUGUCAAAAAUAUGGACCAGUGGUUUCUUUGCUUGUUCCAAAGGAGAAUCCUGGCAGAGGACAAGUUUUUGUUGAGUAUGCAAAUGCUGGUGAUUCCAAAGCUGCUCAGAAAUUACUGACUGGAAGGAUGUUUGACGGGAAGUUUGUUGUGGCUACUUUCUACCCGCUGAGUGCCUACAAGAGGGGAUAUCUGUAUCAAACUUUGCUUUAAUCAGUAACCUAAGGACUAUUUCCUAUUUCUUCUCUUCCAUUCCUGGGUUAUUGUAUUCUACACCUGAAUGCAGCAGUACCCCUUACCAUUUUAAGGGAAUACUUUGUAUAUUUAUUUAAUCCUACUACUAUGCAGCAUUGCUCAAGCAGUGACUGCGUUAGCAGACAUUUGGCACUGAGUAGGACAAGACCUCUCAGCUAUACAUUGAGGGGUUCUAGAGCAUUCAUGUGGGCAAUCUUUUUUUGUGCGGUAUGGCAAGUGCUGCUCUUCAGUAUGUAACCUAAAAAGAUAAUACUUAUUUCAUGUGAUCAUGAAGCAAGAAUGAAUAAUAUGUCCUAGUGACUAUCAUUAACAAAUUUGUUAGAGCUGGCGACAUCAUUUACAGAUUGUCUUUAUGUUGUUGGGUGGUUCUUCCUGAUUGUUGAUAUCCAUAGCUGGCACUGGAUGCUCUUGGUAAUGUUAAGUAAUUGUCAGGCAGCAGUUACCUACCUACUGUGUUCUUAACACUGAGUUAGGGUUUUCUUUUAAACAGUACUGUAGGACUGAAUAUUCUUUUAUAGAAACUGCAGUGAGCCUAUCUCCAUUUUUUUUGUUUGUUUGUUUAAAUUAAGGCUUUUAAAAUAGAAAACUGAUGCUUGAUCUUGCACAAUUUUUAUGUUUAUAAUGUAUGCCCAGGUGAGUGUGCAGGUAUGGAAGAUUAGGGAAAAUUUGUCAGCGUCCUUUGUAGUGUGAAUCUGAUGAGCUAAUAGUCUAUACCCACUUCUCCCCUACAUGUUUCAUGUUUGUAUGAUUUAAGAUAGAAGUUUUUGUGAGGUGGUCUGUCAGAUAGGAUGUAAAUGAGAAAAUAGUUCAUUCCCGAGAGGCCCAGGUCAGAUUUAUCUAGGCUGGGUUAUAGUGAAACUCUUAAAGUGAUAGGAACAAAGGAAAAGCUUUGUUACACAUCCAUUGCCCCAUCCUCUAAUCUACUUUAGGCUCUAUAUUAGUGCAUCUUUUUGUACUGAAUUUCCUAUGAUCACUGUAAGAUUUCUCAAGUUCUGCCCACUGUGGUAGAAAAUUGAAGUGGGUCAAAAAAAAAAAAGAAUUUGAUGUUCAGUGAAGGGAAAAGAAAAACAAAUUAGUCAAAGAGAAUGUGAUAAUCAAGAUUCUCUUUCUCUUAUUUCUCUCAUCCCCUCUAUUCCUGUUCCCCUUACCCCAUUCUCUGCCUCUGUCCUUAGCUCAAGAAUAGCUAGAACAGCAUCACAGAUGGCUAGUUUUUGACUGCAAGGAGGUUAAGAAAGGUGUAGCUGUAAUUCAAGCUGGAACUCUAAAGGAAGAAGACUGAAAUGAAUUCUGAAAAGGAUUCAUACCAAUCUAAUGUGUUCCUAAGCAGAGGAUACUAGUGUGUGUGUGAGUUUGCAGACACAGGUUGAUUACAUGGUCUCAUAAGUUAACAAUUAUGGAUUCCUCCCACUUUAUGAUAAAUUGUCUUAAAAGGCUUAAAACUGAAGAAACUUCUAAAGCACUGAUUACACAAGAGAAAAAGUUGUACACAACGUUGUGGAUCUUGUUUCCUCACCUAAAUGAAAUUUUUAUUUAUUUAUUUAUAUUUCCUAAAGAAAGUUUUAUAUCUUUCCCUUCUGGUAGCCUCUUGUGUGCCACACAGUUUGAGAGCCUAACUAAGAAUUAGCAUUUUAGAGGAUGAAUUAUUUUCCCGUGUUCAAACUAUUACUAUUUAAUAUUUUAAUUUUUUUACAGAAAUCAAAUUGUUCAUAGUUGUCCUUAGUAUUUAUUAUGAAGUCAGGUUUGGUGCAAAGAGGCUAUUUAUGAAUUGCCAAAAGGCCUACUGGCAUAACUCCAAGGAAAAUCAUAGAGAAAGCUUCUAAGUGCCCUUACAAAGAAGAACUAUUAGUUUUCAUUUUGGCUCUUUAGAAGUUGAUUAGCUGGUUUGUUUUCAAAUAAGAGAGUAUAACUGUAAUGUGGAGACCUACGCUUUCCUAAAACUUAAAUGUUUGUAUGGGUAGCAACUUCCACGUUGGAAAAAAAAAAAAAGAAAAAAAAAUAUGUUUGGAGAAAAAAAAAAUCCAUACAUACUGAUAAACCAGAAUACAAAUGAAUUCUUUUUUUAAGGCAAGUGUUCUAGAUUACUAUGUGUAACUCUCUCACCCUUCUUCCCUUUUCACCCCCUCCACCAUCACCAAAAGAAAAAUAAUUAAAAAAAAAAAACUGCAGGUAGGCUUAUAAGCUUAGUGAUGCAGUAUGCUGCUAACAUCUGAUGCUGAGUUUCACAGCAUUCUUUGAUCAUUUAUUGCUGAUAUAGUCGUACAUAUAUAGUGUUUAACACUGAAGAAUUUUAUUCCAGAAGAUGCUAACUAGAUUUUAAAGGAGCUGAGAGAAUAAUUGUUGAGUUUAAAUAACCAUGUAUUGAACAAAAUAUUUUUCAGUAAGCCCACAGAAUUGAAAAUGGAUGCCUCCUGUAAUUUAAAUCAUUCCUUUAUAGCUGUCAGCCCUUGACUACCAAAGAUGACAAAUUUCUCUCCUUCCUUUGAUAUUAUCAGAAGUUUAAUCUUAUUACCUUAAACCCGAACCAAAUAUUAUCAAAAUAUAAAAAUUUCACCAUUCUGCUAGUAUGAACUAUAUAGGGCAAAGAUUUUUGAGUCCUUGAAGUCAUUAAAAACAUGAACACUUUCUUUUUGAGAGGUAAAGAGGUGAGGAGUCAUUUCACUAACCCCUCCCCUUUUGGGCCAAUUUUAUCUCAGGUAGUUUUUCUUUCCCUGAAUUAAAAUCUGUGCUUCCUCUCUCUCUUGCCUUCUUUAUUCCAUGGUAUGUCAUGGUACAUUUUUUUUGUCCCAGAAAACCGUAUAGAUUGGGUAUUCAUUAGGAAAUCUUUGGUUCUUUGGAAACAUAUUUGAAGGAGGGGCCAGCUAUUCACUUUCAAAAAUUUUACUGUUGUGUUUACAGAAAACAAGAGGAGAUGGAAUUCUUCAAUAGAGAUAGCACUGAUUAAAAAUAGCUACUGCUUGCAUUUUAAAAGAAUAAUACACACAGCAUAUAAAAGGGAUGAUACAAAAAUGAUCCUCUUGUAGUAAGUGAUUUUAUUUGCUUCCUUAUUUUGUGGCCAUCAGCAUGGCAACUUUUUAGAGAAUUCCUUCUCUGCUGUGCUUCAGCCAAAACUAUUGACUGCUUUUAGAAUGGAACCAGAGUUUUGCUCCUCCCUCUCUUUGUUUUCAUGGAGACAGUAUUGACACCUUUUAGGUACUCCAGCUGCUAGAGUGAUGAGAUUGUUAAAUUGACCUGUAAAAAAAAAAUCUCUGAAUUCUUAUUUAUCUUCCAUAUUCAUGUUACAUGUACUUACAUUUUAACCUUUGAGCUAAUUUAUUACAAGGAAUGCUGUCAGGUACAGUGUUUUCACAUUGAGGCAGUUGGAGAAAAGUUAUGUUUUUGUCCAGAGCAGGCUGUCACCCUGGCAAGAGUAUCAGUUCCCUUUCUAGAAUAAAUUUAAGUUAGAGUUGAAGUACUUGGGUGCUGCUUCAUGGCUCCUUGAUGUUUAUUCAUAAGAUGCAGGUAAUUGGUAUUUUGGCAUUAUUUUCUUCCUAGGUCUUACUACUGAGUUAGGCCUCCAUGAUGUAAAUCCUAAGACCAGUGGCAGCAUGCCAUUUUAUAUUUUAUGAUUUAAUGCAAAUCAGUACCACAGGAAUUACAGUAACAGUUAACCAGGUGAGGGAGUUGGGGUGACCCUCAGUGAUCACAAGUUUUACCUAGAUUCUUAUGCGAGGGUACAUGCUAUCAAAUUAGGGUACAGAAGGAAUCACAUUUUGACUUUUCGUCUGGUGGAUGUGUAGCUAGUCAAAGAUUUAAGCAAGUGCCUUGUGUUUCCUGGAAAAAUAUUGACACUUAUUUGGGUGAAAACUUCCCAGAUGAUGAACAUUGUACCUUUGCCUUUUCCCUGGAAUAACUUUUGGGUUGAGUCAUGUAGAAUAAAAGUCCAAAAUUUCCUUGGUUUACAUAUUUUUGUAUAUGUUAAGCUGUUCAUAUUUGAUUUAACCCAGUAUUACAUAAGAUGGAAAAGCUGGUAUUAUCUGGCAGACUUUUAAUUCUUCCUUGGAUCUAGUUUCUCUUUUAAUACUAGAGUCUUCCUUCAGAUCUUAGUACUCUCUCUGAUAUAAUUUACUUCUUAUCAAGUAUGGUUACAUACAGACUAGCCCUUGGUAAUAUGUUAGCUCAGACGAAUUUCCACUCAUUCUUAAGGUGCUCGAUAAAGCACCUUUGAGUUGGUAGUCUCUUCAAGUUAGUAUUAAUUUCUUCUAGCUUUAACAAUGAAUAUUAAAAUACUGAAUUACCCUAACAUAGAAUUCAUCUGAGCUGCUUAUAGUAAAUUUGGAUGUUAUAUUUUCUUAAAGAGGAACUUGGAUAUUUUUAUUUUUGAAGUAUAUUGAAAUUUUGUUCUAGUUUAACUUCUCUGCCUAAUACCACAGAUUAUAUCAUAUUUGUUCUCUUAGUCCCCCUCUUUAUAUUUUUCAUUAUCUUUUAAAUUGUAUAUUGACCAAAAAUUCACACAAUGGCAUGUAAUUGACAAGUACUGCAGAUGUUUAACAAGAAAGUGGACAAUUUUAACUAUUUUUGCUGCAAUUUUAUUAGGAGAAAUGGCCUGUGAAAGAAAUAUCUAUAAACCAGAAAGCAGUUAGGAAAUUUUAUAUUUUAUAGAUGGUCACUAAGGGGAUCUUAAGAAUAUAAAAGAUAUAGUUUACAUAACCUUUGGUCUUCUGACAUGAAGUUUUAUUCAUUUUCCUGUAGCUCAGCACUUUUGUUGAUCCUUAUGCUGCUUGUGAGGAUUAAUGUUUUAAAUUUGCUUUAUUUGUGCUUCUCAGAGCGUUGUCAUAAUCAUAGAAGUUAGGUUUGUGGCACCAUAAAUGCUGAAAUUUCCAGAAAGCUUAUCAAAUGCUUGCCGGAGUGUUCUCUCCCAUAAGUAGCAUAGCUGCCACAAUAUACUAAAGAAAACUGAUAGCUUUUUUGAAGGAUAUGAAUGUUUUAUGACAGAGGUUCAAUAUAUUUUUAUUUACAGGCAAGGAGAAGCAUUCUGUCUUACUUGCUUUUAUGACAAUUAAUCCAUGUGCAGAAAAGAGCUUAUUUUGUCAUACUACUUUGUAUAAUAAAGUAAGUCCCAUUCUGGGGGAAAACCCAAACUGGAAUCAUUAAUUUUUUGUUUCUUUUUGGGAAACUAUGUAAACAUUGGAGCUAUUUGUUAUGAUAUUUGAUUGUCAGCAAGAGAAGUUAUUUUUUAUCCCAGAUUGGAAUUACCUUUCCCUAGGUUAUCUUUCCUCAUGUCUGAACAAUGAAUAUGUAAAAGUAAAUGUAGUGAGGUAUUUAAAUCUUACAUCUGAAGUCAUCCAAUAUAUGUUUUGAAAAAUUUCUUCGGUUUAAAUUAUUACUCGAUUUGGUUGGCAUGGGUUAACAGAAUUUAACAGUAAAGAAGAGAAAGAUGACUACUACAGACAGCAAGGGGAAGAAGACGGCCUUCUUACUGAUACUAGUUAUCUUUUUUAUAUUUAUGAUUUUAAAAUGUUAUUUAUUUUUAAAAAUCCAGGCUUAGUUCCUGUAGCAUGGAAAAACUGUCUUACCUACACAUUCCUCAUUUUGUUUCCCCAGAAAAUUAUUUUAAGAGUGUAUGAAACCAAAUGAACUGUCCAUGUUCAGCUUGGUUUAAUUUUUAAAAAUAAAUAUGUGAACUCCAGCUUUUGUGUAUUGGUAUACAUUAAAAAAAAUGCUAUCAAGAAUUAGAAAGAAACUGGGGAUUGACUAUCUCUUUGCACAUUGGGUACAGUGGGUGGCGUUAAGUAUGCACUAGUUACACAGUUAUAGCACCUUAUGCAAGUAAGUAGUGUUUAUUUAUUAUAAUAAAACAAGUGAAGCUGCUCCUCUGUAGUAUAUUUAUUUUGCAGAGUGUAAAGCUAUCAUGUCUUUUUCAGCAGGAUUUCCUCCUUCAUUCUUAAUUCCUUUUAAAAAAUAGUCUGAAAUCAUUUGAACAUUCCUUUAUAUUUUAAGUGUCAAAUCUGGAGUAAAAAGGUUUUUCUUUUUUUCCUUACACAAAGGACUCCAUCUUUGUUAUCUUUUGAUCACUCUUAGAAGUCCAGUUAUGAGCAAUGGAUUUUAACAGUUCACGGCUUCCUUUAGCACCACAGUGACUGGUUGUGACUAUUUAAAUCUACUACUUUUUUUCCCUCAAUAAGAUAUAAUAGCUUUUUUUUUUUUUUUUUUUUUUUUUUUUUUUUUUUUUUUUUUGGUAAGAAGGUAUGGUUAAGAAAAAAAUGUGAAAGAUCACUUAAACCAAAGCCAGUUAUAGGGAGUAUUCUCUCCUGUUGGUUUACCUUCACCUCAGAACUGCAAGAAUAUUACAGUACAUAGUGAAUUGCUGUCUAGAAUAUUUCUACCAGUUGUUUCAGUAGCAUAUUGGCAUUUUUUGGUACUAUGGUUCUCUGUUCUUGGUGAUGUCUUCUUGUUUGUGAGGUUUUAUUUUGUUUGUUUAAUAACUAAGUGGAACUGUAAAUGUAGAUGUGUAUCAGUACCAAGGAAUUCUUUUCUCAUAUCCCUAAGUUUCUGAUAUCUAUACAGGUCUUUUAAACUUUUUUGUCCUUGCUGAGUAGCAAAGAACUUUUAUUUUCCACUUUUCCUAUAUACCUAAAAUAUACGGACACUGCAUUUCA